CAAAUUGAUUUCCACUGUUUUCGAAAUACUUGAGUGUAAUUUAUUAUCUGAAGUGAUGUAUUUGCUUCAUUAUAAUUUGAUAAAUGAAAGGUUACCUAUAUAUAAAGCCAGAUAUGAAAAAUGAGAAGUAUUUCGUUAAAGUUUUCUAUGAAGAUGAAGAUGAAGGAAAUAGCGUACAUAAUUUUACUAUUAGCCAUGGGCACAUGGGGGUCCACAUGUCCCAAUGAGGAUGCGUUUCAGACUAGGGAGGAAAAGCCGAUGGAACGCCUUCCAAAGAGCGUCGUUCCUAUAAAAUAUAAUAUAACCUUAAAUCCAGACAUUAAAAAAAGAACUUUUGAGGGAAAAGUAAAAAUUGAAAUUCAUGUAAAAGAAAAAACUAAAACCAUAACUUUACACGCAAAUCAUUUAAAUGGAGUCGAUAAAAAUUUUAAACUUACAAAAGUUACCGAUGGAAAAGAGACACCUAUAGAUAAACUUGUUCUACAGCCUGGCCCUCAAUUUCUAGUAAUAACUUUUAAAGAGGAGCUAGCUGCCGGAACUAACUACAUACUAGAAUUUUCAAGUUUUACUGGUACAUUAUCCGCAACAGAUAAGACUGGUUUUUAUUUGGCACAAUACAAGGAUAAAUCCGGCAAAACACAGGAGUUCGCUACGACACAAUUUCAGACCAUUGGAGCCCGAAGAGCGUUUCCAUGUUUCGAUGAACCCCACCUCAAAGCUAACUUUACAAUUCAUUUAGUUAGACCGAAGGACUACAUGUCAUUGUCGAAUGAAGAACUGAUGUCCACAAAGCCAUACGAGAAAACCGACAAGUAUAUAGACUCUUACCGAGAAACGAGAAGAAUGUCGAGCUAUUUAAUUGCACUGGUCGUAAGCCAGUAUAUCCCUACAGAAACUAGGCAAGGACAACGUGUAUUUGGUGACAAAGAGUCAAUCGAAAACGGAGAAGGGGAAUACUCGCUUAAGUUGGGAAUUCAAGUUCUCAACAAACUCGAGGAAUUUACGGGAAUUAGGUACACGUUCAGUAAAAUGGACCAAAUCGCGAUUCCAGACGCAGAUUUUUGGCCAGGCGCGAUGGAGAAUUGGGGUUUGGUCACCUACAGGAAAAGUAGAUUGGUUUACCCUCUCCAAGAACAGACGACAUCCGGACGUGAGGCUACUGUUAGCAUCAUUGCGCACGAGUACGCCCACCAGUGGUUCGGUAAUUUAGUUACUUGUGCGUGGUGGAAGUACACGUGGUUGAAUGAGGGAUUUGCCAAUUACUUAGGACACUUCCUUCCACAUAUGUUAAAUUGGGAUAUGGAAGGUUUGUACAUUCUGGAUGCGGUUCAAUCGGCUUUGGUGGGUGAUAGUAAGAAAAAUAUAGUACCAAUGAAUACCGAAAGUGCUCCUUCAUUAAUUAAUUAUCAAAAAGCUGGUUCUGUCAUAAGAAUGUUGAGUCACGUUGUAACAGAUGACGUUUUCCGUGUUACAUUAAAGAACUACCUGGAGAAAUACUCAUACGAAGCUGUAGUGCCCUCAAACCUGUAUGAUUCGUUCCAAAAAGUUUUGGAAGAGAAAAAAUUGACCAAAUUAAUGAACAACGUCGAUGUUAAGACCGUGAUGACCUCUUGGGAUUCACAGUCCGGUUAUCCCCUCCUGACCGUCACCAGAAACUACGAAACAGGCGAAAUCAGCCUGUCUCAAAAACGAUUCUUUACUGACGAAGAAAUUGCGACUGAUAAGUCCAAAUGGUAUAUCCCGAUUAAUUAUGUCAUAGAAGGAGACUUGAACGAUGAGAGCUAUGCGAACACUACUGCUACAAUUUGGCUGAAAGAAGAUACUGGAAAGCUCGCUAACAUGCCGAAGGGGGGGUGGAUACUAUUUAAUAAGCAACAGACCGGUUAUUACAGAGUCAUGUAUGACGAAAAAAACUGGAAUCUUUUAAAACAACAGCUGAAUGAAAAAGAUCACACCAAAAUUCACAUAUACAAUAAGGCCCAGCUCAUCGACGACACCUUCACCUUCGCGAACAUUGGCCAAAUGAAGUACGGUGACGCAUUUAAUCUAACGAAAUUUUUACGAAACGAAAAGCAGUACGUGCCCAUUGCCACAUUUUUGAAACACGCGGGGAUGUUGGAGGAAAGAUUAGCCAAUUCGACGGCGCGUGCUAACUUAAAGACAUACAUGAAUCACAUUUUGAGUGGAGCUCCAAUGGAGAGCGUUGGUACCACAGACAAUAACGAUGAGGCAAUAACAAGAACGCAUAUGAGAGUAACCUUGUUGCGGUGGUUGUGCAAAAUUGGCAAUGAACAGUGUAAGUAUUACGUAAUGGACACCUUUAACACCAACACGUCGUCGAUCCCACCAAACUUACAAAGUGUUGUGUACUGUGGGGCGGCACGCUUCGGGGCAACUACUGACUGGGACAAGCUCUUUGAAAUGUUUAAUUCAGCUACACAUGAGCUACCGCGUAAUAGGCUAUUAACGGGUCUUGCGUGUACGGAGGAUAAGGAUAAGUUGGACAAAUUCUUUAAGACUUCACUAACCAAUGAAAACGUUAAUCCACUUACUGCCUUUAGAGCUGUUAUUAACGCUGGUGAUUUUGGAGUAAAUUCCACUUUUAAAUACAUUACAACCAACUUUGACAAAAUAAAGAAACUUUCUUCUAUUGGGGACAUUCUAAAAGCUAUUGCCACCAGAUUGUACACUGCUGAACACGUAAAUGCGUUCACGAAACUGGCAGCUGAUCACCAAGACACGAAAGACAAAAUUAACACUGCAAAGGACAUCAUUCAGAAAAAUGUCGACUGGAAUACAAAAUAUGGGAAGGUCGUCCCUGAAUGGCUUCAAUCCUACGUCGAUAGUUUGAACAAAGACAAAGACAACAGUGCAGUCAAGUUUGGUUUCAGUCUGAAUCUUCUUCUUGGAACUGUACUUAUGUAUGCCAUCACUAAUCUCAUGUAUUAAACAAUAUUAUUAGGAUAUUUUUAAGAUAUUUUUAAAAGUAAAAUAGUAGAUACUAAAGAUACCUAUGCAACUGUAAGCUGACAGAAUACUUUAGUCAUACCAAUAAAUGAAUUUAG